AUGGCUGAAAGGGAAGCUGUGGGGGUAGGAAAAGAAGAACCAUUAGCUAGCUCUGCAAUACAGGUUCUCGAGCUUGACAAGAUGUCCAACCGGCUGGUCGAGGCAGAGGGCGUGGUGGGGAAGGAUGAAGGAGGCAGGACCGGUGCCGCGUCGGCAGUGCGGAAGGAGCACAUGAGGUGGAGAAGGGGGCAGGGGGGUCUCACCUCUGCUGGCGAGCGAGUGAACAAGGAUGGACUGCGCGCACAGACGAGGUUGGACAACGCCAUGGUCGCAGUUGGACGGGGAAGGGGCCGCAUCUCCUUGAAAAAUUCGACGGCGGCGCCCUACUGCUACGCAACACCGGUGCCCGCAUGA